AUGGACUCCUCGUUCUCCCAAGACAGCACUCGUGGCCUCAUGGUUCCACCAGUAACGUCCGGUCCAACCACACCGGAACUGUCGCAUGUGCCGCUACCUGCCGGCGCAUCGAAACCGCUCAGCAGCAUGACUCCACCACCUUCAACGCAGCUGCCAUCAUCUUCGAGCCAUGUAAAGACGCGCACGCCGACUCCGGCUGCAUCCCAUAUCUCGACACCUCCGCCGACGAUCGAGCUGGCAGGGCAGUCGCAGAGCAGUCGCAUGAGCAGCGGCAUAUCCGGGCUGGAGCAUGCUUCUUCGGAACAGCUCAAAGCCAAGAUUGCGGAACUUCAAACCUCAUGUCGCGAGGCAAACAUGUCUGCAGCACACCAUAAACUACAAUACCAGAUGCUAGCUCAAGAAAGUGCGGCAGCAAUCGAGCGCUUGGCUGUGGAAGCGCGCAUGGCUCAAUCCGAGAACGAGGUGCUAUAUCAUGCCGAACAUACCAAGACCGUGGCGACUCCAGUCUCGUCGACUACACAAGCGGGAUUCAUGCCCAUUGAGAAGGAGUUGUACCAUCGCAUGUGCCGUGAGAUCCAGCUGCUCGGAGAAGCGAACCAAGGUCUCGAUGCGGAAUGUCGGAGACAGAACAGGAUCAUUGAGCAUCAGGAGACCGAGAUCGCAAGCUUGAGUGACAAAGUCACUCUGAUGCGUGAGCGUAUCAGGGAAAGUAGAGAGCACAUGCACAAACUCCGCAGAGUCCAAGCGCCGGUCCAGAUGGAUGCAACGCCUCGUUCCGCGUACAACACCCCUCACCGUGGUCCGGCAAGAUCACACCAGCAACCCCAGCGGUUUGAAGCCCUACUCCAAGCCUCGGAAAUUGCCAGCCAGGAGUCUGCUCGUGCUGGUCCGCCUGGCAGAAAGGGGCAUCAGAGAAACAUUCACAGCAUGUCAAGCCUGCCAUCCACACCACAUAGAAUGCCUCCUCCAUCUUACCACACACCACACGGCCGGCAAGCUCCAGCGAGAAUGCCAGCGACCGCGCCUAUGCCUCGCAUCCCCGGUGCUCUGCGUACCCCCGACAUCUACAAUCACCAGUCUCUACCAGUCCCACACGAGGAAGGCCCACAAUCUGAUGGGACUGUCUCUGCUUCGGAUAACGAAGAUGACAGUGAGGCAGAGACCGACAUCAUCGAGCCAGAGGAUGACGUCGGGGAAUCGUUCGCUUCUCGGGCUGCGACACAAAUGCUGCGUCCCACCAAGGAGCAAGCCAAGCGUGAUAGCUUCAAGGGAAGUGGUAUGCUUCAGUCGAACCCAGAGAGACCAUUGAAACAAACAAAGCUAUUUGGGGCUGUGCGGAAGGCCAAUGUUGACAGGGUUGACGAACGUCCUGCCAAGCGUCCGAGGGCGGAUGACAUCCAGGAGCCUGCGCCUGUGGGUCUUGGUAUCGCAGGAGUGAGACAUUGA